AUGUCGAAAGUCUUCACAGCGGAGGAGGUCGCCCAGCACAACACCAGAGAUGACUUGUAUAUCAUAUACAAGGGCAAAGUAUACGACUGCAGUGAGUACUUGGAUGAACACCCGGGAGGAGAAGAGGUGAUCAUGGAUUGUGCCGGAACCGACGCAACAGAACCAUUCGAAGAUAUUGGUCACUCGGAAGAUGCUCACGAGAUCCUGGCUAACCUUGAAGUCGGCGAGCUGAAAGGUGGCGUCGCUGUUAAGCCAGCUGUGUCUGCAGCAGCUUCGUCAUCCCCUUCUGAGAAUACUAUCUGCCAAUCUCAAAGCACGAGAAAGGGCCCGGCUGAGUACAUCCUGCCAUUUGUAUGUUUUCAGAUCAAUGCCUGUCCAGUAGCCGUUCUCUACGAAGUCUCGCAACCUCCAGUCAUGGCCCAAAUAGACCCGUCGAUCGACCAUUUUUGGGCCCCAAACAGUGUUGUUCAAUGCAGACAAUGCAUUCUCAGGGAAGAUGCGCAGGCAUUGUUCUCCGACCAGUUAUUUUCUGAAAAGACCUUGUUCUCCCUGCACGGACUAUGUGGCCGCCCCCUGGCUGGCCAAAUCCUUGACUAG